AAAAGUUUGUUUUCGUUUAACAAAGAAAAGAAUAAUUAUUUUUAAAUGGAUAAUAUAUUGGCAAUGACAAUUGUAUUCAGUUUCUUGUUGUAUUGCACAAAAGCACAAAAUGAACAAUAUAAUAAAGGUUGUAAUGCUUAUGUACAGAAUGUAAUGAGUUAUUGUGUUAAUGUAAUCUUGGAUACAAGAGGUGCAAAGUUCCCAUUGCAGUCACUGAUGAAAUACUGUCGUCAAUAUCCAGAAUGUGACAAAGAACUCAACAAAUGUAUACUGAUGUAUUUAACCCGGGGUCCAGGUGAAAAAUGUGUCUUUGCUCAAAAUCUCGCCCGAACACUAGAUAGAAAACUAAAAUCAUAACAUCGAAAUAAACUUAUUUAAACAAAACUCUUCUUUUUGCGUAAUGCAUAAUUACUUGUAUUUAAAUGUAUAGAAAAAUAACUGUUUUAUUUCAAGCA